GACGUCAAAAGUGGGUCGCGCCUGUUCUUCGCUCCUAAUAUAUAACCAACAAUAUAGAGGUAAUUUUGUUUCAGUCACAGAUGAACUUCGGACAGUAAAACUGUGCAGCAGGUGAAGAGAUAUUCCACUGGGGCAAUUCAAAAAUCAGAGGGCUCUAAAACGACUGACUUCAUUUGGUCCUCAACAUGGGGAUUGUAAUAUCCCGGUUUAGGACUAAGCCAUCAACUGUAGAGGUUUUGGAAGGAAUUGAUAAGGAUAUACAGACUUGUGAGGAAUGUCGAGAACUGUAUCAAAGACAGUUGAAGUUAUGGGUGUGGAGACUGCUUCAGUACUCAUCUCUUCUUUACCUGAUGGCCAGCAUAAUUGUGUAUCUUUGGUACCUCCCUGAACAGACAAUUGGAAAGGUCAUAUUGGCCCUUCCUUUUGUAGUAUUUCCACUAUUUGUAUGGCUCCUUCGAAAGGGGCUGCUCGCUCUUUUUAAAAGAAGAACAGAAAAAAACAAUGAAAAAUUGGAGGACCUCAAAUCACAAAAACGAAAAAUACUUCUAGAGGUGAUGGAGACUGAAACAUAUAAAACCGCAAAAAUUAUUCUGGAGAGAUUUGAUCCUGAUUCUAAGACAAAGGUGCCAGAAUCCAUUCCAAGUGGAACUCCUGUGACUCCAAAACCGGGCCAAGAACUCCGUCAGCGUCAUGUUACUCCUCGGCCCCCGGUGGCAGUGACUCCUGCCGCAGCACGUCCUCCUCUGGCCCCAGGGGCCACCCACGCAGGGCCGCCCCUCCACUCAGCUCCUGGAGGACCCCCAGAGAGAAUCCUGUCUGCUGAGGCUGCUCAGCAGAGCUUGAUGAAGAGGCCCAUGACCCCUGGCACACCUGUUCCAGGAGUGGGAAUGCACCCCCCAGGCCCACCCCUGGCCAGACCUGUCCUCCCCCGGGAUAGAGGCGCCAUGGACAGGGUCAUUGAGUACUUUGUCGGCGAUGGCCCUCAGAAUAGAUAUGCCCUCAUAUGCCAGCAGUGUCUCACCCAUAACGGCAUGGCAUUAAAAGAGGAAUUUGAAUAUGUUGCCUUCAGAUGUGCAUAUUGUUAUGUCCUGAAUCCUGCGAGAAAGACCAGACCCCAAGCACCCCGACUCUCUGAGGUCAGUGCUGAGGCACCCAUAACAUCACCAACACCCAUAGAACCAGGACCUGUAACUACACCACCUGCCCCUGAAGCUGAUGAAAGCCCCGCUACUGCAGUUGAGGAGAAGCAGCCUACUCCCCCAGCUGAAGAGGAGAUCCAGGAGCUGGUGACUCUGACCACAGAUAGUGCCUCAGAAACGGAAGCGCCAGGAACCUCAGAAUCUGUGGAACUCACCCCAGUAAAGUCAGACGGGGAGCUGGAUGUGUCAGCCAUGGAGGUCGAAUAGAAUGUCAUUUCAACACAUGAAUUUAUGCUGGAGCGUUAUUCUUUUUUGGCGUGGAGGGGGGUUCUUUCUGUUUUUAAAGUAAACUUAAUAAUGGUUAGACUAACAUUAAUGCUGUGAGGAAGAAUGGCAGAAUAACAGGGAAAGGGUUUGGUAUUAACUUAAAGGUAUUUUCUUGUCAGUUGUCAUGAUGCCAAUAUGAAUUGAAUGAUUGGAAUAAUAAUGAACAGCAACACUGUUUUCAGAUUUGACAUGUCUGCAAUACUUUCGUGAGCUAUGCUAGCACUUCUAUACAUAAAGCAAGAGCACACUUAGUUCAGCUAGCUAAGCAUUUUGCGUUGAUGCACAUCCAUAGAAUGUUUUCUUAAAGUGCAUUUUACAUAAGUGAUAAGCAAUUUCCCACAUUGCUACUGUAUUGUUUUUGUGACUCGUGUCUAUAUCCAUAUUGUCUAUAGACAUGCAAAUGCAUGAUGAUUAUGAGCCAAAAUCUAGCUAAGCCGUUUGAGUUGAGUUGCACAUCUGUAGCAUGACAGUUUCUUCCUUUUUUAAUUUAAGUAAAGCCAGUGUAUUGUUUUAGUUUGUUUGUUUUUUGACUGAAUGUAUGUCCAUGUUGUCUACAGAAAUGCAAAAAAAGUUCUGUCUGGUGUGAUAUGAAAUAUUUAUAGGCGAAUUAUAUUUAUAGAUACUACAGUAUACGUUACAGUGCCUUUUUAACAGUAUUGAAAAGGUUUUGGGUAGUCCUAGUACAAUGAGGCUAACCACAUGUUUACACAGUAAUUGUACAAUCAUAGCAGUGCUUAUAUUUAUUGCUUAAAAGUAGAAACAAUGAUGUACUGCUGUCCUCUGCACCCGAGUGCCUUGAUGCGUUUUAUGUUUCCACUUUGAAAUGAAUAAAGACUUGAGUCAUU